AUGGCGCUGACCAGAACGACGUCAGACGACAGUGGCACACUUGCUCUUCUCGGCAAGAAGCAAGCUCUGAAAAGGCGUUUUGGCUUCUGGUCCCUCUUAGGGUUUGCUGUAUGUGAGCUCAUUACUUGGGAGACUGUGCUCGCACUCUUCAGUCAAAGCUUCGAAAAUGGCGGACCAGCAGGAGCGCUUUAUGGAUUCAUCAUCGCUUGGGCCUCAACAUUGUCAGUGUAUACAGUCAUUAGCGAGCUGGCCAGCAUGGCUCCCAUUGCAGGAGGGCAAUACUACUGGACCUACUUGACAGCACCUCCACGAUGGAAGAUCCUCAGCAGCUACAUCGUGGGAUGGUUGACGAGCAUAGCAUGGGUUGCGACUGUGGCUAUUCAGACAAUCUUCGCAGGGACUAUCUUGCAAGGGCUGGUUAUUCUCUGCCACGAUGACUAUGUUGCCAGAGAAUGGCAGGGCAUGCUUAUGGCCUGGGCCGUGGUUGCAAGUGGUAUCUUUAUCAACACUGUUACGCCCGGCUUGCUUCCGAAAUUCGAGAUUUUUAUUGUUGUCUUUCAUAUCGCUGGAUUCAUCGCUGUUGUUACCACGUUGUGGGUUUGCACAACUCCGAGGCAUGACAGUUCUUUCGUGUUCACGACAAGCUUGAACGAAGGCGGUUGGCCUACGCAAGGCAUAAGCUACUGCGUGGGCUUUUUAGGAAACGUAGCCACAUUUGUCGGCGCAGAUGCGAGCGUGCACUUAGCUGAAGAGACAGAGAAUGCAGCCAGAAACAUUCCACGAGCCAUUAUCGCCGGUAUGUGUGUGAAUGGUGCCGUUGGCUUUGUCACGAUGAUCACGAUCCUCUUCUGCUUGGGCGAUGUGGACAGUGUCCUCGAAACAGCAACAGGCUACCCAUUCAUUCAGGUGUUCUACAACUCUGUCAAUAACACCACUGGUGCAGCAGUCAUGGGAGCUGUCGUUCUAGCUCUGGUCUGGUCAUGCGCAAUAGGUAUCUGUACGACUGCAUCACGAAUGAUAUGGUCUUUUGCAAGAGACCGCGGCACACCGUUCGGUUCCUGGUUGAGUGUGGUAACGAGAGAGAAGCGCAUACCAUUUAAUGCUCUGUGCGUUGCUUGCGGGCUAGCGGCCUCCCUUGCACUCAUCUAUCUAGGAAGCUACACCGUCUUCAAUGACGUUGUGUCCCUCACGAUCAAUGGCUUCUACCUGUCGUAUCUCAUUCCUUCGGCAUUUCUGCUGUAUCACAGAGUGAAGGGCAAUGUGGCUCCGCACAGAGGAGCGCGUACAGAUGGCUUAGAGGCAGAUUCUCCUGCUAUUGGCGAUACUCUCGACACACCUUCAAGCGAUGCCAUGUUCGCAAGCGAAAGAGGUGGUAGUGAUGACUCUAAGGAUUCUUCCAAGCCAAUUCUCGGACCUAGUCAACAGCGAAGACAAUCCUCGAUUGCUCACACACAACUGAGGUGGGGACCGUUUCACCUUCCAGGCUGGUUCGGUACUGCCAAUAACGCGUAUGCCUGUACCUACAUGGUUUUUGUGAUCUUCUGGUCCUUCUGGCCUCCUCAAGCAGCCACAAAUGCAGUCAACAUGAAUUACUCGAUCGUUGUUCUAGGUGGUGUUAUCAUCCUCAGCAUUUUGUGGUAUUUUGUCCGGGGGCGGAAGGAAUACCAAGGACCAACGAUAGACGAGGAGAUUGAAGCCAUUUUGAAGAACGCAAGUGCUACGAAAUGA